AUGGAUUGUUUCGACUUUGAUAACGUAAAAGCAGAGAAGGCGAAGGCGAUGCAGAGGUACCUUCGUCUUCGGAAGAUGGCAAACUUGUUCCUGUACGUCGAGGUAUGCAUAGCUCUGCUCUUACUCUCCUGGUUUUCCACUCGUCUCCCCGUUGCCGUCAGGAUCUCCGGUGAGUAUUUCCGGGGGCUAUGUCUAAUCCUGGUCAGCCCUCGCUUCGUCUUCCUGGCUGGCAACGCCAUCAUACUCACUCUCUUCGCCAAAUCCGGCCAGUUCUCCGCCCUAGGCCUCAGCACCAACACUUCCGGCACCGAUGAUAUCUACGACGAGUUCGUCAAGAACAAUACUGAUAAUCAAUCUCGCCAGAAGCCCCUAGUCGAUGACAAUCCAGCUCCAGCUCCAGCACCAGCGCCAAAGGAGUUUGUAUUCGAGGACAAAGAGAUGGUUCACCAAGAAGAAGAGAAAGUGAACAUGAUCACCAAUGCGUACCGACAGGAGGAGGAGGAGGAGGUGGUGGUGGUGGCUUCGUCGGAAUCCAAAAUAAUCUUUCGGAGGAGUCAAUCGGAGAACUUGAAGCUUAAGUUGAAGAACGAGGCCGACGAGAAGCCGCGUAGAGAGCUCAGGCGAUCGGAAACGGAGAAAUGUAGGAUUGUCGGAAGCGACACAGAAAAAGCAUCGUCGGCGGUGGCCGUGGCGCCGGCGCCGGUGCCGUACUCGAACGUGGAGGAUGAAGAGUUCCGGCGCACCAUAGAGGCAUUCAUUGAGAGGCAGCAAAAGUUUCAGAGAGAGGAAUCCUUGGCCAUGGUUCUACAGAACAAUAUCUGA